UAGGGGGGGUCGGUGGAUGGUUUGGUGUAUUGUAGUUUUGAUCACGGGGGGGCCUGUGUUUGCAAAUGUAGCCACCAAGUUUUCUUUCAGGUUCUUUUGCUUUACUACUUAUGAUUCAAUGUUUAUUUCUUCUGUCUGUUCUGCUCUGCUCUGCUCUGCUCUGCUCGGUUCAACGCAAAAUGAAGGAAGGAAGAAAAGAAAAGAGACGAUAAUAAUAACAGCAAGUAAGAAUACAACAACGAACGCCCGAGUAGGUUACCUAGGUAGAUAGGUAGGUUGCGUAGAGGGAGGGCAAGUAAGUUGAAUGAA